AUGGCUGCCAAUACCACCAAAAAAUAUCCACUGGGCUCUCCUCAAGAGCACAUUGAAAUGUGUGGAACUCAUGAAUUACCUAUUGACAUGAUAUGUGAGGACUGUGAUGAAUUUAUUUGUGGUGAUUGCGCAAAAUCAAAUCAUAGAGAUCAUAACUGGAAAACCAUAUCCACGGCAGCCACCCAAAGGAGGAGAGGUCUGCUGAAAUUUUUGAAGAAGAUUAAGGAAGAAAAUCUACAUACACUUGCUGAGAAGCUAAAGAAGAUUCCACGACAGAUCACAGAAAAUAAACAACUAUGCGAUUCUGAGAUUAAAAGACUACAGAAGCAUUACGAAGAUAUAAUAGCCAGGCUGACAGAAAUCAGAAUACGGCAUGAAAAGACAAUGAAAGACAACUUGAUUAAAAAGAAUGAUGAGCUGAAUCAUGUGAAAUCUGAGUUAGAGAAGACGAAAAGAGGAAUUGUUGACACAGUAGAAUUCAUGGAGGAGAACAACAGCACCAUGUCUGAUUACAGCUUGAUUGACAACCACAGAGAAUUGACAAAAAUGCUGUCUGAAUUAGAGGUUCAUAUAACAAAUUGCGAACAUUCAGUGAGCUGUCUGUCACCAUCAGGAUCUGUGUCGACAGUCAUCAGUACAGAUCCACUGGUACCAUAUGGAAUCUGUAAGUCAGUGGACGGAGGACUACUGGUCACCUUAACAGAUGAGGUAUCAGAUGAUCACAAAUUAGAGUCUCACAGCAGACGUCUGGUGAGCCACAUCACAGUGACAGGUGAUGUCAUCCAUGAGUAUGAGUACCAGGAGGACGGUCAGACUAGACUGUUUACAGAGCCAUACAGUGUCACACAGAACAGUAACAGUGAUAUCUGUGUUGUGAAUCGUAAAAGUCACACUACUCGUGAACUAGUGAUUUUGUCUCCGUCUGGUCGUAUGAAGUCUGUCUACCGUGGACAGAACCUGGCAGAGAACUUUUGUCCACAUGGUGUAGUGUGUGACUCCCUCGGUAAUAUCCUUGUUAAUGACCCACGGAACAAACAGAUCCAUCUACUGAGUCCUGACGGGGAGUUCCUGAAGUUCUUACUGACAGACAAUGAAGUGAACUAUCCCUCCACACUGUCCCUAUACAAAUCUACACUGUGGGUGGGGUGCUUGCGAAGGAGUUGUCAAAGUGUUUCAGUACAGGGUGUAGAAAUAGAAUAUACCAGACUGGACUAA